AGCUCCAAGCUCGGCUCAGUGGUCCAUGCAUAACCUGAUCCCCGCAAACAUCAACCCCACAAACAGUCUGACAGCUAUGCACGUCAUGUCCUACCUCUGAAUGCAACCCUGAGUCGCCUACUACACACAAGCAGACUAUCGCCAUGGCCUCCAAGUUCUUCUGCCUCCGUUCUGCGCGUCUCGCUGCGCGUUACCCGUGCCCGCGACGGACAUUUGCUUCAGCCGCCUCUAGCCGCGCAGACCACGUUCGCAUUGUGGAAGUUGGACCACGCGAUGGGCUGCAGAAUGAGAAGCAGACGAUACCGCUGGCGACCAAGAUAGAGCUCGUCGAGAGACUCGCAAAGACUGGUCUGACUACCAUUGAGGCAGGCUCCUUUGUUUCCCCCAAAUGGGUACCACAGAUGGCCAAUUCGGCUGAGAUCCUCGAACACGUUCUCUCUCAAACACCCCAAUCGCAGCAUCCGAUCACGUACCAAUGGCUCCUCCCCAACGUCAAGGGCUUCGACAACUUCCUCUCCAUGUGGCAGUCCAAGUCGCAGCCAGACCAAGACGCAUACCCAACACCCCCAUCGUCCCCCGGCACCGACAACGGACCAGCCCUGAACACAUCCUCCUCAGACCCCAACACCAUGCCCUCCGCCUCCUCCGGCGCUGAAGCCAUGAACGCGAGCCGCGACGCCCAAGCCCCCAUCCACGAACUCUCCAUCUUCACCGCCGCAACCGAGUCCUUUACACAAAAGAACACAAACUGCUCCAUCGCCGAGUCGCUACAGCGCUUCGAGCCCAUCAUGUCAAAGGCAAAGGAAAUGGACCUCAAAGUGCGCGCUUACAUUUCCGUCGCCCUCGGCUGUCCCUACGAAGGCCCAGAUGUAGAUCCACACAAGGUGGCAGAGUUAGCAGUCAGCUUACUGGAGAUGGGCGCGGACGAGAUAUCAGUCGCAGACACCACAGGCAUGGGCACCGCACCGAAAACCCUCGAGCUGCUCAAGACGUUGAAUGCCGCUGGUGUGAACAAGGAUGACCUAGCCCUCCACUUCCACGACACAUAUGGUCAGGCACUCGUCAACUCUGUUGUUGCUCUCGAGCAUGGUAUUCGUACUUUUGACGCGGCGGUUGGUGGGCUGGGUGGUUGUCCGUUUAGUCCCGGUGCGACGGGGAAUGUGGCGACGGAGGAUCUGGUUCAUUGCUUCCAUAGUUUGGGUGCGAAGACGGGGGUUGAUCUUGAGGCGUUGGCGGAGGUGGGUCAUUGGAUCUCGAAGGAGUUGGGGAGGGGGAAUGACAGUAGGGCGGGUAAGGCGACGUUGUCGAGGUUGAGGAAGGCGAGGGGUUGAUGUGGUAGGGUGGAAUGAGAGUUUCGUGUCAAGCUGAACUUUUGAUUGAGUAUGCUCGUUCAUCUUGAUGUAUAUUCAUUCAUGAAAGUGGUGGGGCUAAACAGUCAUCGCGGGAAAGAAACUUGGUGAAGGGCCAGUGUUGACAGACACAUCACUGGCGCUUCCCCAAGUUUCCUGCACGGAUUGACUUUGCAAGCUCACUAUCGUGAACAUUGUCUGCAUCUGCAUUUUCUGUUAUCUACUCCAGCGGAAAAUACUCUCAAAGUAUCACAAACAAGUGAGUGAAUCAAAGUUUUACGUUGAUAGCCUGCGUAUUCCGACAUGAUCACAUUGGGCUGGAGCAGAUACAGUAGUUGUUGUUGUCUAGCUUUCUCUGCAAUAGCGAAAUUGUUGAAAGGUAGUUACCUAGGCUUUGAUACUGGUGUUAGGAUGUCUGGUAUGCUUCUCAGCCACUCUCCGCCCAUAUUCACACCUCUAUUGCAACG